AUGCACGCGUGCACACACACACACUCUUUCUUACACACAUUUGCACAUUUUGACAUAUUUUCAGAAUAUUUCUUAGAAGACUUUCUGUACUGCUGGGUAUGAUUGUCUGAUCUUUUUUUAAAAACUAGGUGGGCUACCAGCUGCUGAUUUGUCUGCUGACAAUAAAAACCGAUAUGCCUCUUGCUCGCUGCCAUUAACAAUGACCAUGACCCUUCACACCAAAACCUCUGGAGUUACUCUGCUGCACCAGAUUCAAGGCACUGAACUGGAGACUUUGAGCAGACCUCAGCUGAAGAUUCCCUUAGAUCGUUCGCUCAGUGAGAUGUAUGUGGAGAGCAACAAGACAGGCAUUUUUAACUACCCAGAAGGCACCACUUAUGAUUUUGCCACUGCUGCUCCAGUGUACAGCUCUACUAGCCUCAGUUAUGCCCCUACUUCUGAUUCAUAUGGAUCCAGCAGUUUGGGAGGGUUUCAUUCACUGAACAAUGUCCCUCCGAGCCCAGUGGUGUUCUUACAAACUGCGCCCCAGCUCUCUCCGUUCAUUCAUCACCAUAGCCAACAAGUACCGUACUACCUUGAAAAUGAUCAAAGCGGCUUUGGAAUGAGGGAAGCUGCCCCUCCAACUUUUUACAGGCCAGGUGCAGAUAACAGGCGUCAGAGUGGCAGGGAGAGGAUGUCCAGCACCAGUGAAAAAGCGAGCCUGUCCAUGGAAUCCACAAAGGAGACCCGGUAUUGUGCUGUGUGCAAUGACUAUGCUUCAGGCUACCAUUAUGGAGUUUGGUCUUGCGAGGGCUGUAAGGCUUUCUUCAAAAGAAGUAUUCAAGGGCACAAUGACUACAUGUGUCCUGCUACUAAUCAGUGUACCAUCGACAAGAACCGGAGAAAGAGCUGCCAAGCUUGCCGACUACGAAAGUGCUAUGAAGUGGGAAUGAUGAAAGGUGGGAUCCGAAAAGACCGGAGGGGUGGGCGUAUGUUGAAACAAAAACGCCAAAGAGAGGAGCAGGAUGCCAGAAAUGGAGAAACUGCUACUGCUGAUAUGAGAACCCCCACCCUCUGGACAAGUCCACUUGUGAUUAAGCAUACUAAGAAGAAUAGUCCAGCCCUAUCCCUGACAGCAGAGCAGAUGGUCAGUGCCUUGCUAGAAGCUGAGCCUCCCAUAGUCUAUUCCGAGUAUGACCCAAACAGACCUUUCAAUGAAGCCUCUAUGAUGACCCUGUUGACAAACCUUGCAGACCGAGAACUUGUGCACAUGAUCAACUGGGCAAAGAGAGUGCCAGGUUUUGUGGAUUUAACACUCCAUGAUCAGGUCCAUCUACUGGAAUGUGCCUGGUUAGAGAUACUCAUGAUUGGCUUAGUCUGGCGUUCAAUGGAACAUCCAGGAAAGCUCUUAUUUGCACCUAAUCUAUUACUAGACAGAAAUCAAGGGAAGUGUGUGGAAGGCAUGGUGGAGAUCUUUGACAUGCUGCUGGCUACUGCUGCUCGAUUUCGUAUGAUGAAUCUCCAGGGGGAGGAAUUUGUGUGCCUUAAGUCCAUCAUUCUGCUCAAUUCUGGUGUAUAUACCUUUCUUUCCAGUACCUUGAAAUCUCUGGAAGAAAAGGACUAUAUUCAUCGUGUUCUGGACAAAAUUACAGAUACUCUGAUUCACUUAAUGGCCAAGUCAGGUCUUUCUCUGCAGCAGCAACACAGGCGACUGGCUCAGCUUCUCCUCAUCCUUUCACAUAUCAGGCACAUGAGCAAUAAAGGGAUGGAGCACCUGUACAACAUGAAGUGCAAAAAUGUAGUACCUCUUUAUGAUUUGUUGCUGGAGAUGCUAGAUGCUCACCGACUGCAUGCCCCAGCAGCUAGAAAUGCUGCCCAAGUAGAAGAGGAGACUCGGCUGACAACUGCAUCAGCUUCAUCGCAUUCCUUGCAGUCAUUUUACAUAAAUAACAGGGAAGAUGAGAAUUUGCAAAACACAAUAUGAGAGUCCAUAUGUCAAAAAAACCUGCCAUGUUCUGAGGAUCCCAACAGCAUACUACCUACUUCAUGCAUCACUUUAGCUAAAUUGCCAUGUGUAAACACUCCAGUAGGCAUUAAUCACCAGUGAUUUCCAAACCAAGUGUUCACUGAUCACAAACUAAAAUUCAUUGUUAUGGAUAGCCAGCAUGGAUUGCAAAGAUAACUUACUCUGAAAUUUGGAAUUGCCCCUAUUAACCCUGUGCAGACACUGAGAUUAGGAUUUCUGUAGCCUUUGCUGAUAUCAACCCAACAUUUCAGACUUUCUUGACCCAUUGCUUGGAAACCAUUUGGGCAAAGGCACCAGCUAGGUUUGACUAGCAGAGGUGUUUACAUUGAAAGGUCUAUUGGCUCCACAGUGAGCUUAUAGGAAAACCUCAAUGCUAGAGACUGCCUUGUUAAAUAGCUGAGGUCUUGGUAGACUGCAGCCUCUCUUGUUCUUAAAGUAACAAAGAUAAUUUUUCUGGAUGUAGAAUUGUUUUUUGGCUUUAUUUUAUUGGCUGACAAGUAGAUGUUUCCCUCUUCUGGAUGACAUUGACUGUCCAGCCAGGUAUAUUUAUCCUCCCCUACAGCCAUACUGCACUGAGUGCACUUGAUCUUCUCUGAUCUCAUAAGCUGAAUAAUUCUGAGCCUCAGUAGUACUUAGCUGAAAAACCACCUGGGAAACACGAUGCUGUAGUCAAUUGCCCCUGUGUCAGACUAGAUUAACAUAAUGGUCACUUCAAGCCUAAAAUUCUGCAUCUGAAAAAGCAUGGUUAGACUCCUCUGUCCAUAGUGUUUUGAUGACAGUUAGCUAAGUGAAAAUAAAAUGAUGUACCAGCAUGCUAGUGUACCAGAACUGUCCUCCCUCCCAUCACUCCCACCAAUAAGCCUGCAGUGCCAUGGAAAAGCUGUGCUAACAUAGAGUCCAGGCCUGUAGGUUACAUACAAGCUGAGAAGUCUACCCUUCCCUUCUCCUCAAGCCUUACUGGGGUAUUCUUAGAUGACAAUUACAGCUAAACUUUUGCUCACUUGUGCCAUGUCAAAGGUGCACAGAAACUGAAUCAUAUUUGGGGCUCUAUGGUAACAUACAUAUUUCAUGAGGGAAAAUAGUCCCUUUCCUUGUCUACAACUGCCUUUUAGUAUAAAUAAGGGUUAGUCUGAAUCUAAUCAGUUCUCCAAAAAAAUGCACAUUAUUCUUACUGACACUACUAGGAACUGCAACUACUUGUAAAGGGUGAGUAAUAUCAAGGAAGGUAUACCCUUAGGGUACUGACACUGAGUGCCAUUAAAAUUCAGAUUUCCAUCCCUUUUGUAGUUCUAUUUAUUGCAGUCUAUUUCAUUCUUAAGGGCAGGGGACGCAAAUACUGCAACCCAGAAGAGUGGCCACAAUGGUCCACACUGGAACACAAGCAGAAGUCCAGGGACAGCAAGAAACAACUCAGAGAAGCAUGGAGAUCUCAAGGCAUGGUACAUGUUUGUGCUGCAAGCCAAAGUCUUAAUUCUAUCCUCAGACAAGUGCAAUGUUGACUUUGAUGGGAAUUGCACGUAUAUAUCUGAGCACAAAGUUUAGUUGCAAAUCCACAAGUUACCUCUACCUACAUGAAUUUUAUUUCUAAAAAUUGCUAAGAAGUUGUCUGAGUGAAAGCUGUGCUCUAAAUUUGUGAAUAAUUUAAUCUAAUCUUAACAUAACAAUCCUGUUGCUACAAAAUUAGCUUAAUUUCCAGUGGCCUUAGCUUUUUUUUUUUUAAUUCUGAACAUGGUCAUUUGUCUUUCAGUGUGUGCAGUGAAAGCAGUGGCUACAUGCUGAAACCUGUUACCCAAAGGCUAACAAGGGGGCUCCUAAGUGCCUUGUCAUAAAAUGCAUUCAUUUUUGUUUCUAUUUUGUAACUAUUUUUUCUGUGUUGGAAAAGUCUUGUGUGUACUAUUUCAUUUCAAUAAGCAGAGGUCAAGAUCUGACUAGGACACGGGAAGUCUUGUAGCCAUAAGAAACGUUCAUGUUGUGAUUGCUCAUUCAAUAUAUGUUUAUUAGCCAUGCCCACGUUCUAGUUGAUAGAACACACAUGAAUCAAGGCUAUUAGCUCAUCUAAGCUUCACAGUUAAAUGCCUCCUUUUUCUGCUUCUCCCAACAAAAAAGCAUGCUGGGCCCAGUGUACCCUUCAAGGAAUUAAAUACACUUAGGUCUCUCUUUAUGCGAGGGUUGUGUUCAAAAAAACCCACCUUGCAUAAAGCAAAUUCGCAUAAAGCAAAUCCAUUAUUACAUGUAAUUAAUAGGGAUAGGUAUCAGCCUCACUCUACUGCCCCCCUCAAACCAUGACAAAUUCAAACAGUAAUCACAUAAUAUGAUAACAUAAUAAAAUAAAAAUUCACCUGACAUGGUAAAAAUAA